AUGGCGAUCACAAACGAAUCGAUCUGGGCGGCCAGCCCCUCCACAACCCGGGGUGCUCCCACCCAGCUCUCCUCUGACGCCAAGGGCGAGCGACUUGCGUAUGCGUCCAAUAAAUCGAUUUUCAUCCGGUCGAUCGACAACCCCGCAAUUGGGCGACAGUACACCGAGCACAAGGCCCAAACCACAGUAGCGCGCUUCUCCCCUUCGGGGUUUUACGUGGCCAGUGGUGAUGCAACGGGUACAGUAAGGGUUUGGGAUUGCGUCGGCGAGGGUAUCACCAAGGGCGACUAUAGCAUUGUUAACGGCCGCAUCAACGAUUUGGCCUGGGAUGGGGACUCUCAGCGCAUCAUCGCCGUGGGUGACGGAAAGCAACGGUAUGGACAUUGCAUCACUUGGGACAGCGGAAAUACAGUCGGUGAGAUCUACGGUCACACGCAACAGAUCAACUCCGUUUCGAUCAGGCAGCAGAGACCUCUCCGGGCCGCGGCCGCCGGUGAUGAUAAGAAGCUGGUCUUCUACCACGGCGCCCCUUUCAAGUUCAACACGGGUAUCGGUGACAAGCACACCAACUACAUCUACGGGGUUGGCUUCAGCCCAGAUGGAUCACACUUGGUCAGUGUUGGCGCAGACCGAAAAAUCUGGCUGUAUGACGGCAAGACGGGCGAGACCAAGGGACAGAUCGGUGAAGGGGAGCACAAGGGAAGCAUCUUCAGUGUGUCGUGGUCCAAGGACUCGCACAAAUUUGUGACCGCCAGUGCCGACCGGACCGUGAAGAUCUGGGAUGUCGAAGCGGGCAAGGCUACGCAGACCUGGACUCUCGGUGAGGAUGGCGCCAAUGCGAUCCGUGAUCACCAGGUCGGUGUCGUUUGGCCCCCGGGUCGAAGCGACGGCCUGAUCAUCAGUCUGUCCCUGAGCGGCGAUCUAAACUAUCUCACCGAGGGCACGGCCAAGCCCCGCCAGGUCAUUCAGGGCCACCAGAAGAGCAUCACCUCGCUCGGUCAGUCUACCUUUGAUGGCAAAGAGACCUUGUGGACGGGCAGCUUCGAGGGUCGCGUGUGCAGCUGGGAUGUCGCCUCGGGCUCCUCGGAGGAAGUUGAGGGUGAUGGACACCCGGGGUACAUUGCCGGUCUGGCGUCGACAACCGAGGGCUCUGGCCGGAUCUACAGUGUUGGUUGGGAUGACACCAUCCGGUCCGUCGAUGUGGCUGCCAAGACAUAUACCGGUAGCGCAUCGAAGCUGAGCGCCCAGCCCAAGGGUGUGGCUGCUGCCGGGACCAGUGUUCUGGUGGGCGGUGCGGAGGCUGUCGAGAUCUUCCAAGAUGGCCAGAAAACAGGUGACUACAAGACUCAGUUCUCGGUGACCACCGUGGCCGCACACGGAGAAAUUGCGGCCAUCGGCGGCGAGAACGGAGCCGUGCAGAUAUGCAAGGUCUCAGGUGCCAGCCUGUCCGCCCAGACCGACAUUCAAGCCUCUCGUAAUCAGAUCUCCAUGUUGGCUUUCUCUCCCGAUGGAUCUAUCUUGGCGGUAGGAGAUUUGCGUGGUCGUGUUUUGGUCUACAAGGUGGCCGACGGCAGUCUCGUGACAGAUCGCUGGACGGCACACACUGCGCGCAUUACCUCGCUGGCCUGGAACCCGGCUGGAACCCAUCUUGUCAGUGGCUCUCUGGAUACCAAUAUCUUUGUCUGGAGUCUCGCCAAGCCGGGUGACUGGCUGGAGGUCAAGAACGCGCACAAGGAGGGUGUCAAUGGAGUCGCGUGGAUCGACGGUGGAUCCAAGAUUGCAUCUGCCGGCGCCGAUGCUGCUGUGAAGGUGUGGAAGGUAGAAGGUCUGCAAUGA